AGGUGAUGGAGGGGAAAGGUGAUGGAGUGGGAAAGGCAGUGAGGCGGGCCCAGCAGGUGGCCAACUUCACCCUGAAGGUGGAGGUGGAGUGCAGCAGCCUGCAGGAGGCCCUGGAGGCGGCAGAGGCAGGAGCAGACCUCGUGUUGCUGGACAACUUCAGGCCGGAGGAGCUGCACCCCACGGCCGAAGCGCUGAAGGCCCGGUUCCCGCGUGUGGGCGUGGAGGCCAGCGGGGGCAUCACGCUGGGCAACCUGCCUCAGUUCUGCGGGCCGCACGUCGAUGUCAUCUCCUUGGGGAUGCUGACCCAGGCGGCCCCAGCCCUGGAUUUCUCCCUGAAGCUGUUUGCUGAGGGGGCCACUCCGGCGCCCCAUGCCCGCCGCUCCUAACGCCGAAGAGGAUGACACUGGCCACGGGAUAACAUGGUUUUUUUGGGACUCUACCUCUGCUCGCCUCAGUUUCCUAAUCUGUAAAAUGGGUCUAAUAAAUGACCAACCUCAGACAUUUCUUUGGCCGUAGUUAACACGUGGUAAGCGCUCGGGAAAUCCUAGAAAUUACCAGAGUUGUCUUUUCUGCUAUGCACUUCGUCACACUCCGCCUUCUCGCCAGUCAAGUUGUGUCU